CAGAUGCUUAAACUUUGGAGUAACCAUGGAGUUUUCUUUUUUGUCAUCGAUGAUACCCAGUGAAUCUUUACUUUAUGCAUUUCUUUCCGUAUCCAUCGGUUGUGUUUUCAUUUCACCCUAACGUGUGUUUUGUUCUUACCGUAGCACAAUGGCUCGCGGCGACCAUCAAGAUGAUGAUGAUGACUUCAUGGAGUUACCGCAACAGAAUCGCGCGACCGGUCGGACAAAAGAUGGCGACGAGGUCACUUUCCACCCCCAUAUGUUUUAAUGUCACAUUGAGUUUUCAAUCUUCUGUUAGAACUAAAUUUUCACGACAUUGAACAUGGCAACAAAUGAUCCUUUCAGUGUUAUGCAGAAGAACAAACGUCAUCGCAAUAGGGCUUCGCAAGAACGCCUGACUAUGUUGACCGAGGGAUUUACUGAUGAGCAGAAGGGAGCUGCCGGUGAGAUGGGGAUGCAGGCUCUGAUGGAUGUUCGGUGCAAGAACCUAGUGAACCCUGUAUGCGACUGGCUCGGUGAGAUAUAUGAGCCUGCCUCUAGGGAAUUUGUGAUUCCGGGACGUGGAAGACUGCCUUUGGGUGAGGAAUCUGUGUUCUGCACUUUGGGCGUGCCCCGUGGAGAAAUCAAAGUUCCUUAUGAGGUGAAUAAUAAGAUUGAGGAAGCCUUGUUUGCCUGUUUGUUUCCUGGAAUGGCAUCCAUGCCUAAUACGACUGUGCUGCCAACUUCGCUUGAGGGCAUGAAAACCCAUGGCGAGGUAUUUAAGAUGAAGCUGCUCAUGUACUUGAUCUCAGUUGUCUUUGCGCCUACCACAUCUCUUCGUCCAAGCAACAAGUGCUUCCCUAUCCUGGUGAAGCUGAAAGACGUUAAGAACAUGAAUUGGUGUAAAUUCAUCACAGACUUCCUGCAUGAUGCAUUCUCAAACAAGAUGUACCAGAAGGGCUGUCGCUUGCACCUAAUGGUAUUUCCCCCCUACUCUUUUGCAAAUACUCUUACCACGGUUCAUUCUUUUCCUAAAUCAACAUUGCAGUUGUUCGUAAGUGUGAACUAAAUUGGUUUGCAUUUUUGGUAUCUCUGUUUGGCCAUAGUCUGCCAACCCAAAGUUUACGACUGAUCGUUUUAACUGGAUUUUGUUUUUUCCUUUUUUUUAUGGCAACCGUAUAAGAUCGUGCAUGGCAACCAUUUGUUUCAUUUUUAUGUGAAUCUUUUACAUGUGAAAGUGACUUUUGUUUCAUCCAUGGCAUCUGUAGUUGCUGCCUACAAGGCAAUAGCAUUGUUCAACAACACAAAAAAGUGUUCAUUUCAUACAAUCAUUCUCUUUUAUACAAUCUGCAUGGCAACCAUGAUGUUGAGCUGGUGACAGCUACCGGCAUAACAAGAUGGCAACUGCCAACAUACCAUGAUGGCAACUAACAUAGAUAGAUGGCAAAUAUUUAUUCCUUCUCUUCAAUUUGAUGACUCAAGGAAACUACAUAAGCUUCCUUUUCAACAUAGCAUGAUGGCAACUGACAUAGCUUUCUUUUUUAAUGUGUAUACCAGCUCAUGUACGUCGAUCGUCUUGAUCUGUCCACCGUCGACUUUACUGGGAUAGGAGGCCCGCCGCCUCCACAUAAGUUCGUUGUCUCUGCGUGGACGUACGAUGCUGUCAAGGCUGUGCUUGCCGCGGACAAGAUAACUGAUACGAAAUAUGGGAAACUGCAGGUUAGUUCUGCCUUCUUUCUUGCACGACAUUCUUCAAUUUCGAUGUUGCAUAACAUAUGAAAAAUCCCCAUACGGCAACCAUUUAUGGCUAACAAGCGAUAAAUACCUUGGCAGCCAUGGCUGUCUGCACAUGGUACCCAUGUUUGACCCCAUACGGCAACUCCGCCAUCCGUGUCGAAACUCCGUCUUUUUUCCUCUUUUGCAAUACAUGAAUUGUAGUUAGUGCUCCUUAUUUCUUUCUUACAUCUUAGUUGUUUUUGCUGUUUUCCAGCUGAUGGCCAAGCAUGCUAUAGACUACAGUGUGUUUGGUGGGCCACAAAACUUUGGCAAGUGGAUUGAUGUGCAUUCAGCUCCAUCUUGUCCUGCUAAGGUAAUGAAGGAUGUUUAUUUUGUUUUUUGAAAUUGUUUUUCUCUUUGCAUUUUGAUAUAUCUCUAUGGUUGUUUUGGUUUAUUUGUUCUUACGAACGUGACUCUAAUAUGUUUGGUUAUUGCUACUUUUUGUUUUGUGCUCAGGCGAGGGCACCUGUUGAGCAUCUAGUUGGGCAGUUUGCUUCCGGCAUGACCAGCUUGCUCGGUAAGUUGGUUGAGGGUUGAACGACACUUAAUGGCUCUGACAGCGACGCGGUUGCGAGGCAGUUCACAUCAUUUGUUGGGGAACGGACACAUCGACCAACUGGUUGUCGUGGCCAGUACGACUACAACAGCUCUCAGGAGCUCCUUGACACGCAAGAUGAGCUAGAUGGAGAUGCUGGUCUCGACAAGGACGAUGAUGAUGACAUGGAGAAUGUGCAACAUGAAACCGACGACGAUGAACAUGUUGAAGUUCGUGUAGGUGGUAAGAAGGAUAAGGCUGCACCAAAUGUUCCUCCACUGGAGGAAGUCAUUGAACAAACGGUUGCAAGAGACAAGGGGGUGUCGCUCUCAAAGAGGGGCUGGGCUCCAGAGGAUGUUGGGCAGGGCUGUGUUGGCAAGAGGUCUAGGACCGGUCCCGUAGCUGCUAGGAGGAGGUUCGACAUCUAUUUAGUGUUUUGUUUGUCCUUCCUUUUUAACAGACCGACCUUUUGUUCAUUGUUUUCUAAGUGCGGCAUGAUUUUUGUGUCUCACAUUUGGUAUCUUUUUUGACAUUUUUUUCUACGUGCAAUGAGGCGACAGCUGGUGGAUGAGCAGUUACGAAGAAACAAGCACCAACGCCAACCCGUGCUUCUACCCGAUUGAACAAGGGUGAUCCCACUGCUGGUGACACCACUUCCACUAGGUCGUCUCCUCGUACGUCGACGUCCAACACCGGGGAUCCUGUCGUGUUGGAAGACUUGAGGAAGACAAUCAAGAAGUAGGUUCUCCCUGUUUUUCAUUGUCAUAGUGCUAUUUUUUGCUUAAUGCAUUCUAGAUCAUACACAACCUUUUUACUUGAUUCAUUUAUGUGGCAACUACCGUCUGCUUCUCAUGGCAGUUGUUUAGCUUGCCACAUGGGCUACUGCCAUAUGUCCCACAUGGCAACUGCUGUUUUCAUGAUCUAUUUUUUACUGCAUGGCAACCCCUGCUUGUUCUGCAUGGCAACUGUUAACUAGACCACAUGGCAAUUCUUUUUCCACUGAUAUGGCAACUGGCAGCUUUCCACUAACUUCCAACACCUACAUUGUCAUGUGUGCUCAUCCAUACCUUGUUCUCAAAUGGCAGCUCUGGCACAUCACACGUUUUUCAUUCUUAUGAUAACUACCAUGGCAAUUAUCUUGCUCACUUUUUUAUACUCUUCAUGUGCUUUCUUGCAGGGUGAAGAA